AUGGCUAUUGGACUAUUCUUGAUGUAUAAAGUAAACUACUUGUACUACUUGAUGUAGAUUACAAAACCAGCUACUCCAGACAGUUUAAAGAGUGUACUAAAGAAAGACAAAUAUCUAGAAGCAUUAAAUAAUGAUCUAGUUAAGAAAUUCUCAUAUGAUUUAGCAGAGACUAAAAGAUUCUCAAAUAUGAUCUCAUAUGAGAGUUUGGCGAAGAUUACCUAACUAUAAUGCUUGAAAUGCAAGGAAUUUAAGCCUCUCAGGACACAUCAUUGCAGUGUCUGCAACUAAUGCGUUUUACUGAUGGAUCAUCAUUGCAUGUGGACUAAUUGUUGCAUCGGCUUGCACAACUACGAUAAGUUCCUGCAAUUGAAUUUAUAUGGUAUGAUUGGUGCUAUGUACUCUGUCCUAACAAUAAGACUUUGUGACGAGAGCACAUUUUAUCAGACAAUCAGUGAUUCAGGUCUAUUUUUCACAAUUAUCAAAGUGUUUGACCUGCUUAUCGGCAAAUUCUUACUGAUUCUAUUCAUUUGGAAUGUCUAUGUUAGCUUCUAGGGAUACACUCAUUUAGAGUUUAAAGACUUAAUUGAGACUUAGAUUAAAAAGAAGAAUUAGCAAAAGAACAGAGGAAACGAGUUGGAAAGUUAAUUAGAAGAUGAAGUCAAGGGUAGUCAGCAUAAUCAUGUUAAGUUUGAGUAUGGCUAUAAAUCAAUUAGGGAGAAUUUAGCAUGGAUAUUUGGGACUAAAAGCUUUCUUUAAGCGUUUUUGUUUAUUGAUCGAUUUCACGAUUAGAGAUUAAAGUAUAAUGGGGUUGAAUGGACAGUGAUUUAUUAUUGGAAUGAUAUUUAGGAUUUUUAUUUCAAAAACUAUGGAAGAGUUUUGGAAGAAGAGACUGAUCAAAUGAGUGAUGCUACAUCAUCUGAAGAUAUUUUAUUGAUAAAAUAAGCUUGA